AUGGCAGCCGGCUUCUUCAUCAGCAAGACCGUGGGCAUUGUGGCCAUCGUGCUGGGCGUGGGGGCUGUGGCCACCAUCAUUGCACUCUCAGUGGUGUAUGCGCAGGAAAAGAACAAGGGGACAUCAGAUGUGGGCACCAACACCACGGCCAGCCCCACCACCACCACCACCCCUGCCCCCAACAACCCCUGGAACCGAUGGAGGUUGCCAGCAGCACUGAAGCCGGAGAGCUACGAGGUGACCCUGCAGCCCUUCCUGACACCUGAUGCCAACAACAUGUACAUCUUCAAGGGCAGCAGCAGUGUGGUGUUCAUGUGUGAGGAAGCCACUGACCUCAUCCUCAUCCACAGCAACAAGCUGAACUACACCAUGCAGGGCUCCUUCCAUGCCACGCUGCAGGCAGAGGGUGGUGGCGAGGCCCCUGCCAUCUCCCGCACCUGGCUGGAGACUCCCACCCAGUACCUGGUGGUGCAGCUGAGCGCUCCCCUGCAGCAGGGCCGGCGGUACCGCCUGUCCAGCAGCUUCACCGGGGAGCUGGCGGACGACCUGGCUGGCUUCUAUCGCAGUGAAUACACGGAUGAGUCAGGCACCAAGCAGGUGGUGGCCACCACGCAGAUGCAGCCGGCUGAUGCACGCAAAGCUUUCCCCUGCUUUGAUGAGCCGGCCAUGAAAGCCAACUUCACAGUGACCCUGAUCCACCCCACUGACUAUGAAGCCAUUUCCAACAUGCCUGUCAAAAAUACCAAGCAGCAGAUUAUUGAUGGACAGACCUGGAGUGUCACUGAAUUUGACACCACCCCCCGGAUGUCCACGUACCUUCUGGCCUUCAUUGUCAGCCAGUUCAGCCAUGUGGACAGAAACUCCUCGGGUACACUGAUCCGCAUCUGGGGCCGCCCCAAAGCCAUCUCCGAGGGCCAGGGCGCAUACGCACUCAAUGUCACUGGCCCCAUCCUCAGCUUCUUUGAGCAGCAUUACAACACGGCGUACCCACUCCCAAAAUCUGACCAGGUUGGCCUCCCUGAUUUCAAUGCGGGUGCAAUGGAGAACUGGGGGCUGGUUACCUACCGGGAGAACUCAUUGCUCUUCGAUGCUAGUUACUCCUCCAUUGGCAACAAGGAGCGGGUGGUGACCGUCAUUGCCCAUGAGCUGGCACACCAGUGGUUUGGGAAUUUGGUGACACUGCGCUGGUGGAACGACCUGUGGCUGAACGAGGGCUUUGCCUCGUAUGUGGAGUACCUGGGUGCUGACUCUGCUGAGCCCGACUGGAACAUUAAAGACCUGAUGGUGCUCAAUGAGCUGCACGAUGUGAUGGCGACAGACGCCCUGGCCAGUUCCCACCCGCUCUCCUUCCGCGAGGAGGAGAUCAACACCCCGGCCCAGAUCAGUGAAGUCUUUGACAGCAUCUCCUACAGCAAGGGAGCAUCGGUGCUGCGGAUGCUCUCGAGCUUCCUCAGUGAGGACAUCUUCAAGGAGGGGCUACAGUCCUACCUCCACACCUUCUCCUACAACAACACCGUCUACACUGACCUCUGGGUCCACCUGCAAGAGGCAGUGGCAAAAAACAACGUCAAGCUGCCUGACACUAUCAGCAACAUCAUGGAUCGCUGGACGCUGCAGAUGGGCUUCCCUGUGGUCACUGUUAACACCCUCAACGGCACUGUCAGCCAGAAGCAUUUUCUGCUGGACCCCACCUCUUCUGUGGACAGACCCUCUGAUUUCAACUACAUCUGGAUUGUUCCCAUCACCUGGAUGACAGGCAGUAACCCAGGGAGUGGCAACUACUGGCUGACCAAAGUCUCAGAGACCAACAAUGACUUCAGGCUCAGCUCCAGCUGGCUCCUGCUGAACAUCAAUGUCACUGGAUACUUCCGUGUUAAUUACAACCAGGAGAACUGGGAUCAGCUCCUCAAUCAGCUUGGCACUGACCAGACGGUCAUCCCUGUGAUCAACCGUGCCCAGAUCAUUGACGAUGCCUUUAACCUGGCCAGGGCCAAGUACGUUGAUGUGACCUUGGCUUUGAACACGACACUGUUCCUGAUCCGGGAGACGGAAUACAUGCCCUGGCAGGCAGCGCUCAGGAACCUGCAGUACUUCCAGCUGAUGUUCGAUCGCAGCGAGCUGUUUGGGAGCAUGUCGAGAUACAUGAGGAAGCAGGUGACCCCUCUCUUUGACUACUACGAGCGCAUCACCAAUAACUGGAAAGAUAUCCCCAGUGGCCUGAUGGCCCAGUACAACGAGAUCAAUGCCAUCAGCACCGCCUGCUCCUACGGCGUCUCCAAGUGCCAGGCCUUGGCCGCCCGCUAUUUGAGCGAGUGGAAUAAUACCAAGAUCAACCCGGUCCCCCCGAACCUGCGCUCAGCCAUCUACUGCAGCAUGGUGGCCACGGGUGGGGAAGAGGCCUGGGAUUUCCUCUGGCAGAAGUUCCAGGAGGCCCAUGUGGUGUCUGAGGCUGACAAGCUCCGCACAGCCCUCUCCUGCAGCCCCCAGCCCUGGAUCCUCAACCGGUACCUGCAGUACACCCUCGACCCUACAAAGAUCCGCAAGCAGGAUGCCACCUCCACCAUCAACAGCAUUGCCAGCAAUGUUGUGGGGCAGCCCCUGGCCUGGGACUUCAUCCGUGGCAACUGGAGGACUCUCUUCACCCAGUAUGGGGGCGGCUCCUUCUCCUUCUCCCGCCUGAUUUUAUCUGUGACCCAGCGCUUUUCCUCAGAGUUUGAGCUGCAACAGCUGGAGCAGUUCAAGAAGGACAACGAGGACAUCGGGUUUGGGUCGGGGACGCGGGCGCUGGAGCAGGCACUGGAGCGGACCCGUGCUAACAUCAACUGGGUGAAGGAGAACCAGGAGGCCGUGAAGCAAUGGUUUAAGGAGCACAGCCAAUAA